AUGGCUCGCCCUCGUCGUACUAUUUCGCGCUCGAACCGUGCAUCCAGCCGAGGUGAACAGGAUCUCUCCACGCUAGCAAGCGAAGUGCUCAAACUCCGUCUUCAAGCCCUGAACCUCCGCAUUAAGGGAUCCAAAGGGCAGCUGCUAAAUCGACUGAAGCGGGCCUUGCCGGGACAAGUGGCCACGUCGACCACGGCGCAACCAAAGCGAGUUUCCAAGGCUAAAGCUCGUAAGGGGCGCCCUGCAACGAGAACCACCACGGCGACCGGGCGCUCGUCGGAAAGCCUUUCAGCGAAUCUCGGCAACGUUAAUAACGAAGGCAACGCCCUGUCAGACCGCGCUUCGUUGUCUUCUAUCGAGGACAUGAUCGAGUCGGAUCCUGAGCCGAACGAGUCCAACUUCCAACGGAACAGCGGUUUCAGCCAAACUCAGCGUGCAGCAAUCGAGGCCAUCGUGACUGAUUCAGUCCGCUCCACCAUAACAACGCUUCAAAAUUCGCCAGCCGCUCAUCUUCCUUCACCAGCCGCGCAGCUCCCUUCUGCCUCGCCUCAAACUCUCUUCACACUGGGCAUGGCUUCCCCUCUAGGGCUUUCUAGGCCAGUAGACAAGACUUUGGAGGACAAAAUACUCAGGGGUGAGUACAUUGACUUUGCGUUACUUUUGCCCGAUACAUUAUACCAGUCCCAGACCCCUGAAAUUCAGCUCCGUUUGGACGACUCGUCCUCAGGCCCCAUGGGUUCUCCGGUUACCAUGGUCAGAAAGAAAAAACCGGUAAUUGAUACCUUCCUCAAGUGGCUCGACGCCUUCAUGACCUACAUGUUAAUACUCGUGAAUGUCUACCCACGACGGGUGCUCGAGCUUAUCAAAUACCAGCAAAUUAUCGGCCGAGCGGUCGCUAAAUUUAAGGGUUUGGCCUGGCUAUCGUACGACCAGCAGUUCCGUCGCCGGGCGGCCUAUGACUUGUCCCUGAGCUGGGAUAAGGUAGACCUUGAGCUAUGGACAGUGACUUUCGCAGGC